AUGUCUUCUUCUUCUUUUUCCUCUUCCUCCGCUUCCUCCUCUUACCUUUCAUGGGAUGGGGCAACAAGAAGACCGUGUCUCUCGUCUGGUGCUCUCCCUCUUCCUUCCAGGGAGCUGGAGAAGAGGCUGUUUCAUAUGCUACAGCGCUGCAGAACCACGGUACAGCUUCUCCAGCUCCACGCGCAGGUUGUCAUCAACGGAUUCUCGCAGAAGAACUUCAUCAUUGUCAAGCUUCUGUCAUCCUGCAUCGCCGCGGGGGACCUUGCCCGGGCCUCGCGGGUCGUCCGGUGGUUGGAGAGGCCGAGUACCACUGUGCUCAACCAGAUCAUAAGGGGCUACUCCCGCAGUGCCAAACCUGAGAAAUCCCUUCUGCUGUAUAAGCGCUGGUGUACAAUGCGAACGCGGGGGGUGGUGGCUUCAGAGGCGGCCUUACCGCAGCCCAACAGCUACACUUACUCGUUCCUCCUUGUCUCCUGCACGAGGCCGCACUUCUCGAGGGAAGGGAAGCAGGUGCACGCCAGCGUCGUGUCCUCGGGCUUUGACGCCAGCAUCUUCGUCCAGACGAAUCUGGUGAACAUGUACGCAGUGGCCGCUACGGGAUGGGAGGAGGAUGCCAUCAUCUCGGCACGCAGGGUCUUCGACGAUAUGCCCCACAGAAAUAUUGUGACCUGGAACGUCAUUAUAGCGGCUCAUCUGAGGUGCAGGGAUGUCGCUCUUGCAUUUCAGCUCUUCAGAUCAACGCCGGAGAAGGACGCGUUCACCUGGACAACCAUGAUCGGGGGAUGCGCCCAGACCGGGCGGCCAGAACGCGCUCUGGCUCUGUUUGAGGAGAUGCAGAUGGCGAACGUUGGCGCAGACGAGGUGACUCUGGUCGCCGUGCUGUCUGCCUGCGCUCAAUUGGGAAACCUGGACCUGGGCCGGAGGAUCCACGCGUACGUGGGCGGUCGUAGUAGAGACCAGGCCUGGCGGGAGAGGGGCCUCCUCUCUCUGGAUAACUCUCUGAUCCAUAUGUAUGCGACGUGCGGGGCGGUUGACGAAGCCUACAGCGUCUUCUCGGGGAUGCCUCGGAGGGACACCGUUUCGUGGAACACAAUGAUGAUGGGUCUCGCGACGCACGGCCGCGCGGGAGAGGUGAUGGACGUCUUCCGGCGAAUGCCUAAGACAGACGCCGCAGUGGAGCGGCCCGACGGGGUAACCCUCCUCGCGGUGCUAUGUGCGUGCAAUCACACGGGCAGGAUCGAUGAGGGCCUCCGUUGCUUUGAGCACAUGACCGGAGUCCGCUCCCUCCGCCCAGCGAUCGAGCACUACGGGUGCCUGGUGGACAUGCUCAGCCGCGCGGGACUCCUGGAAGAAGCUCGGGAGCUGAUCGGGAUGAUGCCCAUGCCACCGAACGACGUGGUGUGGGGCUCACUGGUGAAAAGCUGUUGCCUCCGCAUUGACGAAACGCUGGCCGGUGGCGUGGUUGACAGGUUAAUAGAGCUGAACCCAGGCCGGGCUGGAGGUCACAUGGUUGUCUUAUCGAACAUGCAUGUGACCGCAAGGAGGUGGGAGGAUGCCCUAAGAUUGAGGCAGAGUAUGAGAAAGAGAGGCAUAAGGAAGCCUCCGGGAAGCAGUCGUAUCCAAGUUUGUGCGUGA